CACAAAAUGGAUGAAAAUAUUCUGAAAAAAAUAUGUAGUAAAGCUAAAUUAGACAGAGACAAAGGUUUUGAAGAUAUAACAAACUUUCUGAACGAGGCUGAAGAUGCUGCCAUCCCGGAGCUUGAGAAAAAAUUUGCUGACAUGUUGUCUGAUAGCACAGCUGAAUGGGAAACUAAACAUGGAGCCCUCAUGGGAGCCAAAGCUCUUAUAAAGCAUGGGAGAAGUAGCGAAGAUUUCUCACAAAUGUUGAUAUCAAAAGUGGGUGAAUUGGCUGAUGAGAGCGAGUUCAGAGUUCGAAUUGCUGCUGGCGAUGUGCUUGGCAGCCUUUGUGCAAAGUUUGGACCAGAUAUCUACAUCACAGUGAAGGCCAAUGUACUAGAGGGAAUAGCUACAAAUCUGGAACGGGAUCCUUUCACAGACAGCGUCAUCUCAGAACAAGACGAGACUGAAAGACUCAUAGAAAAAUUGUCCAGUUCACCUCGUGGAGAGAAGAGGCACAGUACAGAAGCAGCCCAGAUAUUUCAUGACACAGCAGGCUGGAAAUCUCUGGAAACAUGGAUGAAAUGCCUGCAGUGUAUUAUAGAGGGUCUAGGCCAAGCGUUUAACCCCUUUGUGGACCAGGAUCUCCUGGACCUGAUAUUCAGGGCACUCACCCACACCAACCGGUUCGUGCGGGAGACUGGCUACUAUGUGUGCUCCAGCCUGGUUGCCUGUGGCUGUGUCCAGGAAGGUUCAGAGUCAGCCUUGUUGGAUGAGGACAAUGCCAUACUGAAGUUUGGUCACCAGUUUGCUGACUACCUGGGUCGGGGGCUGGCAGACAACUGGAGUCAGGUGAGACUGGCUUCAUCAGUUGCGACCAGGAAGUUUCUGCAGAGUCUGCCAUCAGACGAGGCGAGACACCAGUUCUUCCCCGUCCUGCUGCCCCGCAUGUGUCUGAACAGGUAUUACGUGGCGGAAGGUGUAAGGAUCUACUCUCAAGACACAUGGAAGCUAGUAGCAGGGACGGAGGGCAAACAGCUUGUGGAAAAAUACAUACAGCAAGUGGUUGAUUACUACAUAGAGGCGACAGAGGCUGAUAACCAUGCUGUACGGGAGGCGGCCUGUGCUUGUAUUGCAGAACUGGGAGCUAAGGUCAGCAAAGAAGUGGUCCAAUCAGAAAUCCCCCGUCUACUGGAUGCCCUGCUUGUAUGCUUCAGUGACGAUAGCUGGCCAGUCAGGGAUGCUGCUUGUGUGGCCUGUGGAAACUUUGUUCUCUGCUUCCCGGAAGAUUCCAGGUCGUCCCUGCCAGCUCUGUACCCACUGUUCUUCAGUAACCUCCAGGACAACAUUCCCUCCGUCAGACAGGGGGCAGCACUCGCCCUAGCUAAUGUUGUUAAGGCUUAUGGUGAGGAAUGUUUUAACGAGAUUUAUCAGAAGGUUAAGGAAGGGCUUGCUGGAGUUGAGAAACAGCCAGAGAAUGCAGAGAAAUACAGCAGCUUGGAUAAAGGUCCAGCUACAUACGGUGUGGCGAAGAAGCUGCGUGACAAUGACCAGGAUCUGCAUACGGACAGGCAGAUGUACUCAUGUGGGUCCCUGGCCCCUAAAAUGGGGCGGGGUAAGAGGGAGGGGGGAUGUAUGGAUCACAAGUUCCGUAAGGACCCGGAGCCAUGGGAACUUGCUGAUGGCUGUAUAAACGUGGUUGCUGAGCUGGCCCAGCUACAGAAGUUUGCUGCUAAGGUUGCUGAGUUGCUUCCCCUGGUGGUGAAGGCUGUGUCAUUUGAACACUACACCCACCACCUCCAUAUGAAGGAAACACUCUGUCAGAGGCUACCUCAUAUUGCCACAGGGCUAGGGAAGAGGUAUUUCAAGAUGUACCUAGAGAUCUUCUUUGAUGCCAUAUUCACCAGCCUUGGCUGUGACAAUGCGCUGACAUCUACAGCAGCCCACAACUGUCUGUCUGAGCUGGCCAAGUUUCUGGGCCCAUCCAUUCUCAAGGGUCGCAUUGAACAAUAUAAUCCAAGGUACUUGGAGAGACUGCCUCCAGACAUUGACCAUCCAGGCAUGAUGUCGGGCCACGCUCCAAUGAUGGGAGCCAGACCUCCACCCCUAGCGAUGGGAUCACACCAUCCCCCACCCUUCUCUGGGCUCAGCCCCACUGCUUUCCCGGGCGCCUCCUUCCCUUUUCCAGGGCCCCCAGGGGGAGGGGCACCUGGUUUUCCACCCCAGGGGUCAGACACAACAGUGUUCCCCAGGGCAGGGCUUGGACUCUCAAACUCACCAGGCUCUCGGAAUGGGAACAUGCCACAACAGGAUGGUGGACAAAAAUAAUGUUGUAUAGAAUGAAUUAGAUGGAGAAUGUUGUGAAACAGUUGUCCAGUCAUCUGUGAUGUAACAAGUGAUGAACAAAUAGUUUGCAUUUGGUGAUUUUAGUGUUUUAUUUCAAGUUUUGUUCCAGUGUGCUACCUGUUAAUCUUAAUGGCAUCCUGUGCAGUGUUUGUAUAUGCUGAUGUUGCAUUAACAUGGUUUGAAUUUAACUUUGAGGAGCACUCGCAAAAUUUCGCGAGUGCUUUUUGAGGCAACUCGCAAAAUGAAAAAUCAACUUGCAAUUUUAUUAUUUGCUUUAUUCCCUUAUAAUAUUGUCUAAUUAAAGAAGAAAUUUACACUUAAGACAUAUUCUGAAUAUUAAAAAGUAUCAAUCUUGA